AAGAGACUGUCGAGGGGUGGGGAAGAAGUGACUUGUGGGAUGCGGCAAGAGAGACAGAGGGGUAGGGUGACUGACACUUGUAGUGAAACAACGAGAGGAGCGGGAAAGAAAGGAGGAGAGCAAUAAAAUAAGCAGCGUUAGGAUUAAUUUAGCGCCUGACAUCCAGGUUUGCGCAGACAGGCAGCGGAGAUUCAGUGGAAGAAAAAGUUCAGAUCCCACAGACCAGAGCGUGGGAGUGGGAAGCAGGAUCGUGACUGACUGAGGCAAGCUCCACUGUUUGUCUCGGCAUGGCAGGACCUGGAGGUGACAUGCAGUGGUGCUUCUCUCAGGUGAAAGGUGCCAUUGAUGAUGAUGUAGCUGAAGCGGACAUCAUAUCCACAGUUGAGUUUAAUCACACAGGGGAGCUGCUGGCCACUGGAGACAAGGGUGGACGUGUAGUCAUUUUCCAGCAGGAAAUAGAGAAUAAGAGUCAGCCCCAGUUCCGGAGUGAAUACAAUGUUUACAGCACUUUCCAGAGCCAUGAGCCCGAGUUUGACUACUUGAAGAGUUUGGAAAUCGAAGAAAAGAUCAACAAAAUUCGCUGGCUUCCCCAGAAGAAUGCUGCCCAGUUCCUGUUGUCAACUAAUGAUAAAACAAUCAAGUUGUGGAAAAUCAGUGAACGAGACAAGAGACCAGAAGGCUAUAAUCUCAAAGAAGAGGAUGGGCGCUACAAAGACCCCAACACUAUCACAUCACUGCGGGUACCAGUUUUGAUACCCAUGGACCUCAUGGUGGAAGCCAGUCCACGGAGGGUGUUCGCCAACGCUCACACCUAUCAUAUCAACUCUAUCUCAGUCAACAGUGACAAUGAGACCUACCUGUCUGCAGACGACCUUCGCAUCAACCUCUGGCACCUUGAAAUCACUGACCGCAGUUUCAAUAUUGUUGACAUUAAACCAGCCAACAUGGAGGAGCUAACAGAGGUGAUCACAGCAGCAGAGUUCCAUCCUCAUCAGUGUAACACUUUUGUCUACAGCAGCAGCAAAGGAACCAUCCGUCUGUGUGACAUGAGGAUGUCGGCGUUGUGCGACAAGCACUCCAAAUUGUUUGAGGAGCCAGAAGAUCCCAGUAAUCGCUCCUUUUUCUCUGAGAUCAUAUCCUCAAUCUCGGACGUUAAGUUUAGCCACAAUGGACGCUACAUGAUGACCAGAGACUACUUGUCUGUGAAGAUUUGGGAUUUGAACAUGGAGAACAGGCCGGUGGAAACCUAUCAGGUCCAUGAGUAUCUGAGGAGCAAGCUGUGCUCGCUUUAUGAGAAUGACUGCAUCUUUGACAAGUUUGAAUGCUGCUGGAAUGGCAAUGACAGUGUGGUGAUGACCGGUUCGUACAACAACUUCUUCCGGAUGUUUGACCGUGGCCAAAGGCGGGAUGUUACUUUGGAGGCGUCCCGAGAAAACAGCAAGCCCAUGCAGGUCCUAAAGCCCCGCAAAGUGUGCGCAGGUGGCAAACGCAAGAAGGAUGAAAUCAGCGUGGACAGUUUGGACUUCAACAAGAAGAUCCUUCAUACUGCAUGGCAUCCCCAGGACAACAUCAUCGCAGUGGCGACGACCAACAACCUCUACAUAUUCCAGGAUAAAAUGAACUAACUACAAGUUGAGCUUAUCAGGGGUCUGGCGUGGGGCGUGGUGGUGGGGGGGGACUUCAUGUGUCCCACCUGCAGCGUCGUAGCCUCAUCCAGGGUGAUCUGUGGUAACGCCGACAACCAGCAUCCCCGUCCGUCGCUACUUGGUGACCAGUCUUUGCCACUUUGUUCUAGAUGUGGACAGAGGAAGCCUCGCUCUUGCCCAUCAUCGGCCUGUCUGUGGCAGAGUAACACCCGCCUUGUUGUUUAAGUGAUGUCGUGCCAAUUUCUUUUUUUUCCUCCCCCCCUUUUGGUAUGUUUUUUUUGUUUGUUUGGUUUUUUUUGCCAGCCCACCUGCCAUUUUCUUCCUCUGGGUUAACUUGGGUAAACCAGUUUAGCUUCCUUAAAGUCCCAAAUACAGACACACUUAUUUUUAUAACUUUUCCCCAAUGGCUCUGUGGUAGAAAAUGAAAAAACACUUAAAUUAGUGUAUGUCCCCUUAUUUUCCUGUGCCAUUCUAGUGUUUAUUUUUCUAAGAAAAACAGUUUUUGUGUAUACACCUUUUAUUAAUUCAUCUGUUAUACUGUCAUCGUGAGGCUCUUCACAUCUCUCCCCUCUUUCAUUAAGCCAAGCUUACUCAACAGUCACAUAGGUAUGCUUACAGAUUUCUUCACACACUUGCUGCUCAUACUGGACAGCAACACGUCAGCGGUUGUCUCCAGGAGUUUUAGUGUGUUUUCCAAAUUGAAAGUCUGGCACAGUGAGGAGUUCUCUUGCUGACUCUCUCCAUGCCUCAGGCUCUGGGUGGCCAAAUAAGUCCAGAAUUGAGAUGAGAUCUUUUUGUUUUGAUUGGCUCUGUGUCUUCAUCUUCUCUGCAUUGGUUCCUCUUCCCUCCUUUUGUUUGUGUUCAGCAAUAGCCGGGUAUAAGAGAUAGCCUAUUCAAAGAUAAUUAUUAUGAUUGUCAUAUUUAUAUUAAAAAAAGUUAAAAUGUCACCAGAUUUGUUCCGUCCUAUUUUGUGAAAUGAAGCUGGACCGUACACAUCUUUUUGAGUGAUCUUAGGUAUUGUCUUCCCAUGGUGUACCACAGCUCUGAAGCUGUACUUCACAACAGGGAAAACCUUUUGAUUUGACACUGGACUCUUAUUGCACCAACUAAAGUACUUGGAUGUGUUAUAAGACUGGUUUAAAAACAUUAUUUGAGGCAUUAAGUCACUUAAAAGUGUUUGUUUAAACUACUGCAGACAUUAUUACUGCUACUGUAUGUGAUGGUACAAUAAGCUGCACAAGGAUUUGCAGCAGUUGAUGUUUCCACACCGUAUUUAAAAAGUGGUCAGUUCAGACUAUAUUGAUGCCUCUAGUAAUGUAUAACUACAGUUUUAAUCUAUGACAGUGAAGAUAAUAAAGGAACUACUUUUUGCA